AUGAGUGAACCUAAAACCGCUUCUGAAAGAUAUCAGAAGAUAUCUCAGUUAGAGCAUAUUCUUAAGAGACCCGAUACAUAUAUUGGAUCUGUAGAAAUACAAGAACAAGAGCAGUGGAUUUAUGAUGAGGAAACUGAUUGUAUGAUUGACAAGACCGUGAAUAUUGUUCCAGGUCUAUUUAAAAUCUUCGAUGAAAUUCUAGUGAAUGCAGCUGAUAAUAAGGUACGUGAUCCCUCAAUGAAAAGGAUUGAUGUUACCAUCAACCCUGAGGAAAACUUCAUUGAAGUUAGAAACGAUGGUAAAGGUAUCCCAAUUGAAAUUCAUGAAAAGGAGAAGAUCUAUAUUCCAGAACUAAUUUUUGGACACUUGUUGACGUCUUCUAAUUAUGAUGAUGAUGAAAAAAAGGUCACUGGUGGUAGAAACGGUUACGGUGCCAAAUUGUGUAAUAUAUUCUCAACAGAGUUUACUUUGGAGACAGCAGACCCCAAAAAUGGCCGUAAGUAUGUUCAGACGUGGGAAAACAAUAUGAAUGUGUGUCAUCCGCCUAAGAUUACCUCUUAUAAGAAAGGUCCAUCGUAUACUAAAGUAGCAUUUAAGCCUGACUUGAGCAGAUUUGGUAUGGAGUCACUAGACAGUGAUAUAUUGGGUGUGAUGCGUCGUCGUGUUUAUGAUAUUAACGGUUCUGUACGUGAUGUUAAUGUUUACCUGAAUGGAAAACCAUUGAAGAUAAGGAAUUUCAAGAACUACGUGGAAUUGUAUUUGAAGUCAUUAGAAAAGAUGAGGAAAAUGGACAAUGGUGAAUCAGACACUACUCCAAGUAAUAUUCCAACUAUUUUAUAUGAACGUGUCAGUGACAGAUGGGAAAUAGCCUUUGCAGUCUCCGAUAUUUCUUUCAAGCAGGUUUCAUUUGUUAACUCAAUUGCUACAACAACGGGUGGUACUCAUGUUAAUUAUAUUGCUGAUCAAAUCGUCAGAAAAGUUUCUGAUAUCCUUAAGAAGAAGAAGAAAAAUAUUAAGCCAUAUCAAAUCAAGAAUAACAUGUUCAUAUUUAUCAACUGUCUAAUUGAAAAUCCUGCAUUCACAUCGCAAACAAAAGAGCAACUGACCACAAGAGUUAAAGAUUUUGGAUCAAGGUGUGAUAUUAGUAGCGACUAUAUCAAUAAAAUUAUGAAAACUGAUUUAGCCACAAAGAUUUUUGAAAUUGCUGAUGAGAAUGCUAAUAAUGCACUAAAGAAAUCAGAUGGUUCCAGGAAGUCAAGAAUUACUGAUUAUCCAAAAUUAGAAGAUGCCAAUAAAGCAGGUACUAAAGAUGGUUACAAAUGUACGCUUAUUUUGACAGAGGGUGACUCUGCCUUGUCCUUAGCAGUUGCUGGUUUAGCUGUUGUUGGUAGAGAUUACUACGGUUGUUAUCCGCUAAGAGGUAAAAUGUUAAAUGUUAGAGAGGCCACUGCAGAUCAGAUUCUAAAAAAUGCUGAAAUUCAGGCCAUAAAAAAGAUCAUGGGUCUUCAACACAGAAAGAAGUAUGAAGAUACGAAAUCACUAAGAUAUGGGCACUUGAUGAUUAUGACAGAUCAAGAUCAUGACGGUUCACAUAUCAAGGGUUUGAUUAUCAACUUUAUUGAGACAUCUUUUCCUGGUUUGCUAGAUAUUCCUGGUUUCUUAAUUGAGUUCAUCACUCCAAUUGUCAAAGUGACUAUCACCAAGCCAAUCAAAAAGGUAAUCUCGUUUUUCAAUCUUCCAGAUUAUGAAAAAUGGAGAGAAGAAGAGUCUCAUAAGUACAGUUGGAAGCAGAAGUACUACAAGGGUUUAGGUACCUCCACAAGUCCAGAAAUUAUUGAAUAUUUUUCUAAUCUAGAUACGCAUUUGAAAAAGUUUCAUGCUUUACAAGGGGAUGAUAAGGACCUCAUAGACUUGGCAUUCUCAAAGAAGAAAGCUGAUGAUAGAAAAGAAUGGCUACGUCAAUAUGAGCCUGGUACAGUCUUGGACCCAACUCUAAAUGAAAUUCCAAUAAGUGAUUUUAUUAAUAAAGAGUUGAUUUUAUUCUCUUUGGCGGACAAUGUUAGAUCUAUUCCUAGUGUACUUGAUGGUUUUAAACCUGGUCAAAGAAAGGUUUUGUAUACUUGUUUCAAGAAGAAUCUAACUACAGAAAAGAAGGUUGCUAAUUUAGCUCCAGCUGUCAGUGAUUACACUGCUUAUCAUCAUGGUGAACAGGCCCUUGUUCAAACUAUUAUUGGUAUGGCUCAAAAUUUUGUUGGUACUAAUAACAUAUAUUUCUUGAAGCCGAAUGGUGCCUUUGGUACAAGAGCUACUGGUGGUAAGGAUGCUGCUGCUGCAAGAUAUAUCUACACUGAGCUGAAUAAAAUUGCGAGAAAAGUAUUCCAUCCUGCUGAUGAUCCUCUUUUCCGCUAUGUUCAAGAAGAUGAAAAGACUGUUGAGCCUGAGUGGUAUCUUCCAGUCGUACCAAUGGUGCUAAUUAAUGGUGCAGAAGGUAUUGGUACUGGUUGGAGUACCAGUAUUCCUCCAUUUAAUCCUCUAGAUGUUGUUAACAAUAUCAGGCAUUUAUUGAAUGAUGAAGAAAUGGAUGAUAUGCACCCAUGGUUUAGAGGUUGGACUGGUACAAUGGAAAAAAUUGAGUCACAGAGAUACAGGAUGUAUGGUAGAAUUGAACAAGUUGGUCCAAAUACACUUGAAAUUACUGAACUUCCUGCUAGAACUUGGACUUCUACCAUUAAGGAGCAUCUAUUGCUAGGUUUAGGUGGUAGUGAAAAGGUUAAGCCUUGGAUCAAAGAUAUGGAGGAACAGCACGCUGAAACUAUCAAGUUUAUAAUUAAAUUGACAGAUGAAGAAAUGACUAAAACUAGAAAACUUGGAUUUUAUGAAAGAUUUAAACUGAUAUCGCCAAUUAGUCUACAAAAUAUGGUCGCCUUUGACUACAGAGGUAAGAUCAAGAAAUAUGAUCAUGUUCAUGAAAUUUUAAAAGAUUUCUAUGAGGUUAGAUUAGAAUAUUAUCAAAAGAGAAAGGAUUAUAUGACAGGUAGAUUACAAUGGGAGGCUGAAAAAUUGUCUUUCCAAGUUAAAUUUAUCAAGAUGAUCAUUGAUAAAUCUCUAAUUGUCACAAAUAAACCAAAGAAGCAAUUGAUAUCCGAACUUGAGGAAUUAGGUUUCCCUAGAAUCAAUAAAGAAGGAAAACCACACUUCGGUAAGAUUGAUGAAGAAGUUGAAGCUAUAAUUAGUGAAGACGAAGAUGAGGACUUGGAAGAGAGUGAAGAAGCUACUAGAAAGAAGGACAAGGACGAUGAAAGUACUGUUAAUGGGCCUGAAGAACUCUUUGGUACUUAUGAAUACCUGUUAGGUUUAAAGAUUUGGUCUUUAACAAAAGAACGUUACGAAAAACUUUUGAAGCAGAAGCAAGAAAAAGAAACUGAGCUCGAAAAUCUGUUGAAACUUUCUGCCAAGGAUCUAUGGAAUAAUGACUUGGAUGACUUUUUGACUGCGUAUGAGGACUUCCAAAAAAUGGACUUGUUCUUGCGUAACAGUGCUGUUCCAAAAACAAAAGGUGGGAAAAGGAAGAGAAAAGGUGGUGAUGACGAUGACUAUGAUCCAUCGGGUAAGAAGAAACCUGCAAGAAGAAUUAAGAAAAUUAAGAAGGAAGACGAUUUCGAUAGAAUUUUGAUCAAACCUCAGGCGAAGAUAAAGGCUAAGAGGCCCGUUAAAGUAAAGGUCGAACCACCAUCUUCAGCUGCAUCAACACCCAGCGUAAAAGAAGAACUUGGGGUUUCAGAUGUAACGAGUAACGCUUCUACCCCAUCAACUACUAUAUUUGAUCAAAAGGUCAAACAAGAGAAUAGUGACGAGAGUGGAAUAAGCGCAUUUUCUAGUAAGUUCAACAAGAUCGCUUCAGCCUUUGAUGAAGAUGCACCAUUAGAUCAAAUUACGUCAGAGGAUACCUCUGUAAAGGAAUCAAGUGCUCCUGCAGCAAAGAAAAAAGCUCCACCCAAGAGAAAAGCCAAAGUAGUCGAAUCUUCUGAAGACGAACUCUCUGAUGCAAACUUGUCAGAGCAAGACGAUGAAGAAGUCGUACCAGUCAGAAGACAAAGGUCCUCUAGACAGACAGCAAAGAAGUCAUAUGCUGAGCCUAUAGAGAUAUCGGAUGAAGAAGAUUUCAUUGACGAUGAUGAGGAUGAAGAAGUUGACUCUGAUGAAUCUUUCAAUGAUGAAUGA